UUUCAGAGGAGGCAACAGCAAACGCGGACGGCAGUCAGCUCGUCGGAUUCAGUCAAAUGCGGGGGGGAGAAAGGAGGACGAGAACGAAUUGUAUUUGAGAAUACAUUUUGGAAAUAGUGGAUUAUUAUUAUUAUUAUUACCGUUGUUGUUUUUAACUGUUUCGAGCGGAAAAGGCGUCCGCCGGGGAUGAGAGCGUGAACGGGUUCACGGCUUGCUCCAGAAUCCUUAGCAACUGAUCCACAAUUUAGCUGUUCAACAGCGACAAUAACAGUAACGUCCACAAUCCAGUAUGUCGUCCACCGAGGAACCGUCAGGCACGGUACUGCACCGGCUCAUCCAGGAGCAGCUCCGCUAUGGAAACCCCACAGACACUCGCACCUUAUUAGCCAUCCAGCAGCAGGCCCUGCGUGGAGGCAGCGGAAACAACAGCGGGCCAGGCAGUGGAGGGGACGCCGCUAGAAGUCCUCGCUCCUCUCUUGAGAGCCUCACCCAGGAAGACCCACAGUUUCCUCAGCUGUCCGCAAGGCAGGAGCCCCAGGGCCAGGAACACCAGGGAGACUACCAGCACUCAGAGAGCAGCUACCAGCUCUACCAGCUGCACGGUGAGGAGCUGCCAACCUACGAGCAGGCCAAAGCUCAGUCCCAGUACUUAGCCUCUCACUGGGUCACAACUGCACAACUGGUGGCAGCGGGCCCCUUCAAAACGCUCCAAGAGGGAGCCCUCAUACAUGAGGGAGACUUCCACGAGGAGGUAGACUCGAUAGACGUGAAACGCGGCCAUGUGCGUUCACUCAGCGAGCGCCUCAUGCAGAUGUCUCUGGAGAGGAACAAUGCAAGGGCCAAAGCAGAGGCCAUGAAGAGCUCCUCUCACAGCUACCCAGAGGUGGAUUACUAUACCCAGCAUAGCCCCCACAGCAUGGGUCAGAGCCAGGACAAGCGCAGCCCACCGCCAGAGUACUCAGCCCCCAUCCAAGGCCAAGGAUUUAUUCCUCACCAUGUUCAGGAACCACUGCAGGCACAGCAGCAUAGCUAUGCCCAGCCUGGCCAGCCAGGUGAGAUGUCCUGCUACAACACAUUCAACAGUCUGCCCUCUGCUGGUCUGGAGGAGCCCAACCAAAUGGAACUGUUGUUGAUGGAAAACGAGAGACUGAGACAGGAGCUGGCGGCAUACCAGGAGAAGACUGGCCGCAUCCAGAAGUUGGAAGAGGAGAUCCAACAUAUCUCUGAGGCCUAUGAGACCUUGGUGCAGGGCAGCAGUAAGAGAGAAAACCUGGAACAGACACUGAGGAGGAGACUGGUAGCCGAGAUCCGGAGGCUGCAGGACUUCAACAGAGAUUUGAGAGAAAAUCUAGAAAAUGCCAGAACGCAUGUUGCAAAAGAGGUUGAGGCUGCUGACCACAACCAGCACAUCAUGGCUAAACUCCUUGAGCAAAAUGAAGAGCAGAACAAUGAGCGCGAGCGAGUUGAGCGGGAGCUGGAGCGCCUACAGGCCACAGCCAAGGAGCAGGGCCUGAAAGCGGAACAGCUGGAGGACGCCUUGGAGGCGGCCCGUGGCCGUGGCCGUCAGCUUGAGGAGGAACUGAGGAGGAAGAGGGCCUAUGUGGAGAAGGUGGAGCGGCUCCAGAGUGCCUUGGCUCAGCUGCAGGCCACCUGUGAGAAGAGGGAGAGCCUGGAGAUGAGGCUACGAACACGUCUAGAGCAAGAGCUGAGGAGUUUGAGGGCCCAGCAGAGGCAAUCCCAACCACCGGGAGUGACGGUAAGCUCUCUUCAUGAGCGUCUGCGUGAGCGUGAGGAGCGUAUCCUAGCACUCGAGGCCGACAUGGUGCGUUGGGAGCAGAAAUACCUGGAGGAGAGCACUAUGAGGCAGUUUGCGAUGGAAGUGGCUGCCACAGCUGCUGCCCAGAGAGACACCACCAUCAUUAACCACUCCCCCUGCCACUCUUCCAACAACAGCUUCAAUGAGGACCUGCCAGUUGCUGAUUACAGGAAUCAAGAAAUGGAAAACAGGAUUCGGGCACUUUAUGCUCAGAUCCUGGAGAAGGAUGCUGUGAUAAAGAUCCUCCACCAGCGGCUGCAUCAGGACCAAGGGAAGAAGGAUGGGCAGUGUCUGCGCUCCAUCCUCCUGAAUAACGCAGGAGCACCUCUCCGACCUGCCUCCUCUACUCCCUCCAUCAGCACAGCCAAGUGCACCACCAAGAGCAGAGGCAAGAGUCUGUCAGAUGACCAGACUAUUCCACCACGUCGGUUCUCUGCCCAGUCCGAACCGGGAACACUCAACCGGCAGGAAGAGGGAACCAAGGCUAAGGAGCCAGCCACUGGAACUAAGCUCACCAGUGACACGGCAGCAUCAAAGAAGUUGCCAUUAAAUCCCUUCAGAGGCCUGGAUGAUUUGGAGUCUGAGGCAGUGGAAAUCUUCAUUUAAAAAAUCAAAAACCAAUCCUGGAAGAGAAGAACAAGAACAAGUAAAUCAUUUCGGAAGCCAUGGACAGAGCAAGUUGAUGUUGAUUGGCGAGAUUGAACAUGACAAAAAUGUUACUCAAGACAGGAAUGUUGCAGAAAGACAGGGCAAUGUGUGAAGAAAAUGGACUGUUCUCACAUUUAUGAGGCAUAGCUGUGCUCUGUCUCACUCGAUCUCACCGAGCUGGGAAGCUGCAGGCAGACCGUCUAGCUGGGAGACAAAAUGUGAAUCUUUUGAGGUACUUAGACAGUAUUGUUGAUUGUAAUAGGGCAACAUGUUCUCAGAGAGUGUAUGCCAAAAUAUUUAUAUAAUUGCUGCUUCCCCCCCCCCCCCCAUUUACCCCGCUUUUCUCCUUUCUUAAUCUAUGGAGUAAGAAGCUUCAUUUAUCUAAUCUGGUUUCCACAUUCCCCAAAAAUUAACUAAAGUCUCCAGUUCUUCUAGAUAAAUUGUCAAGACAAGGUUAUCUUUGUGGACUCCUGACCCGCAUUCCCCUCCCCUGCAGUUAUUCUGAGUAACUUCAUUCCUGCAACUCAGAGCUGUUUGGAAAACAUCCUUUUGCUCAGUGACUCAUAAAAUGCUAAAACACAGUUGAUUUACAUUAUAUGGUUCCCUUAGUCAUAUUUCUUAAGCCCGAGUAGCUGGCUCUAUGCAGGCCUAGAAAUACUUGAACAGAGACAUGUAAUGUAAUAUACAGGGAAGGCAGUAUGGGGUUACUUUCCAAAUUGUUUUAGACAGACCUGGAGUCCUUGUUCAGUUCAGGAGGGUGAUGUGGUGUGGCGUUGAUUUCAUCAGUUUUUCUAAUUUUAUUUCCUUUCUCAAAGUAUGUUUGUGUGUGUGUGUGUAUGUGUGUGUGUGUGUGUGUCUGAAGUGUCUGUUUCCUGAUUUGGUGUAUCUGCUGGUCUGAUCACCAUGGGGAUGAAAAUUGAAAACUACACCAUUUUGGUUUUGUUUACUGUGAGCUUUGAACUAACAAACAGGUUAAUUAUUAUUAUAUAUUUUAUACAGAUGUUUGUAUUAUUUUAGAUAUAAUAGUGCUGUGAGCAGGAUGCCAAAGAGUUUAUGUACGUUCGUUGUAAGUUAUGUGCUGACAAUCACGGUCAUGUCAAGCUGUAUCCCAACCAACCAAGUGUUGACGUCAAAACAAAGACAUUUCUGUGAACUUCUAACAAAAUGAAGGUUUUUAAAAUUUUAAUUCAUGCAACAUUUCAUAAAGCAAUAAAUAUUCUAAUAUAUAAGAACCUCA